AACAUUUUUAGCCUCUUUGUACUCCCGCCGAUAUCGGGAGCGUUUGUGUGAAAGACAGUUUAAUAAAACUGGUUAAUUUGGGUGAAAACAUUUGCAGUUCGGAUAUUGAAAUAUGGCAGACGAUCAGCAACAGUUCGAUAACGACGACUAUACAGGACUUGAUGGCCAGAAUGGUGAAAACUUUGAGCAGCAAGAACCAACAGAACAAGCACCUGACGAUGGAGGUGAUCAAGCAAUGGAGACCGGUGGCGAGGGAGGUCAAGGCGAUGAUAGAGACAACGAAGAUGACAGAAAACUUUUUGUUGGCGGAUUAAGCUGGGAAACAACAACAAAGGAUCUUCGAGAGUAUUUUGAAAAGUUUGGUGAAGUCACAAGUUGCACGCUAAAGACAGAUCCUGAGACAAGACAGUCUAGGGGAUUUGGAUUUGUUGUGUUUGCACAGACAGACACAGUUGGAAAGGUGCUUGAAGUGAAAGAGCACAAACUUCAUGGGAGGACAAUAGAUCCUAAGCAAGCUAAUCCAAGACAGGGCAUCAAGAAAAUAUUUGUUGGAAGGCUAGACCCUGGAGUACCAGAGGAAGAAGUAAAAGAAUAUUUUGGCAAAUUUGGAACGAUUGCAAAGAUUGACUUCCCAUUUGACAGAACAAAAGAUCAGAGACGAGCUUUCUGUUUUGUGGAAUUUGAAGCAGAUUUGGCUGUGAAGAAAGUUUUAGAACAACAGACCCAUAAAUUGGGUGGUCAGGAGGUUGACAUAAAGAAGGCAACACCAAACAACCAAGUGCAGCAAAGGGGGGGUCGUGGUGGUCGUGGUUGGGGACCUGGUUUUGGUGGUCGUGGCGGUCGAGGUGGGAGAGGUGGCUGGAAUCAAGGAGGCAACUGGAACCAAGGAUAUGGGGGAUAUGGUGGAUAUGGAAGCUAUGGGAAUUACAAUCAAGGAGGUUAUGGCAACUAUGGAGGUUACGGUGGUUACAGUGGCUAUGGCAAUGACUACUAUGGUUAUGGACAAGGUGGCUGGGGAGGCUAUGAUCAGGGCUAUGGCUACGGAGGAUAUGGAGGUUAUGAUUACGGAGGCUGGGGCUAUGGACAGGAAGAAGGAAGCAACAGUUCAUAUGGCAAGGCACAGAAGAGAGGAGGGCACUCUGGUGGCUACCACCCCUACAAUCGUUAAUGAGUCUUGCCAAAUGGCUGGUCAUAUCUGCCACCUGAUUUCAACAUGAAUGCUCUCUGUGCACAUUAAAUUCAUCACUGUAUAAAAAUCAUCUUUUAAUAUCUUAGACAAUGUUGAUUACUGUGUAAUAAAGAUUGAAUCUUUUUUUUUCAA